CUUCACAGACGGCAAGAACAUAUUGGGCUUGGCGGGCAUGCUAAACAACCACUAAACAAACUUAUUUCAGUUACCACGUCUUUUCUUGCUCCAUCAUCUACUUAUGGCUGAUCAACCUCCCUUAGCGGCAACUCUUCUCAAUUCCACCAACCCCAGCGAAGAAUGUGGAUUGGAAGCGGAAUUCCAGUAUGGCUUCUUCACGGUUGUGUACAGCCUUGCAUUCAUUCUGGGUUUGCCGGGGAAUGCUGUAGCGUUAUACUUCUUAUGUCAGCCUUCGCAGCGUGCCAGACGUUCUAACAUUUAUUUUAUAAACCUGUCUGCAGUGGAUUUGGUUUUCAUAUGCUUGCUGCCAAUGCGUAUCUAUUACCACAGCCGAGGAAACGAUUGGGUGUUUGGAGAUGUACCUUGUCGGAUUACUGGCACCCUGUUUUAUUUGAACAUCUACUUGAGCAUUGGUUUUUUCACGUGCAUCGGUAUGGACCGGUACCUUGCUGUAAUGCAUCCAGUAACCUAUCUGAGACUGAAGUCCAGUCAGUACCCAUUGGUGUUGACCGUCGGUAUCUGGAUCCUCGGCAGCGCCAUCGUUCUGCCGUUAAUUCUUGGGGGUCCACUUGACAACGUGCCGGGAAACAGUAGCCGGAUUUCUUGUUUUGAAGACUUUUCCAAGCGGAGCUGGCACAAUCGUCUCAUACCGUACAACGUCUGUGCCUUGACCUUUGGCUUUUUGGUCCCUUUCACGGUUAUCGCAGUGGUUUUCCCAGUGAUGGCACACAGAGUGUGCCGGAUUAAAAACAGUAUCCACAGAAAGGUCGCUUUGAGAAUCAUUGGCUUUAUUCUUGCAGUCUCUUUCUUUUGCUUUCUGCCCUACAACAUCACGCAUCUAUUUCACUUCCUUAUGAGACUUGGCUUCAUCCAACAGUGCGCGGCUUCGAGACACAUCUACAAGCUCCGCCGGAUUACUUUAGCACUAGUAAGUCUAAAUAGCUGCCUCAACCCCAUUCUCUAUUUCAUACCUCUUAUAAGCCGACGAUUCAGUGCCCCAAAGUUUUUUUACUCCAAGAAGGUAUACAACAUGAAUGAAAACACACAUUCCAGGACUAAGGCCACAAAUCCAUUGUGUCAACGCGAAGCGGCCAUAUUCCCAACGGUCGCAACGGCAGAAUGGUCAGCGGUCUAAAGCUACAAGAUAUCACCGUCAUGUCCCACUUGAGAUUACCACAAGACAGUUACCCACAAGGCAGUUCACCAUCUAAACUUUGAUUGUCCAUGUACAGCUUUGUUUCAUUAAUUAUAACUGUCAAGAACACCCUGGAAAAAGCAUAAUUAUGUUCCAGAGGACAGUUACA